AUGUCGUAUUACACUUCGAUUUUUCAAUUAUUUAUCGUGUUUUAUUUGAAUAAUAUCAUAGUAAAUGGAAAUAACGAUAUUGAAUUAAAACCUGAUAUGUUAAAUGUAUGUGGUCACAAUGAAGAGCGUACCAUCACUACUUAUGUGCCAUGUUUGAAAAGUUUUGAUCAUUUAGUUCGAAUAUGGACACGUAAUUGUACGGAUGGAAGAAAACUUUGUCAAACAUAUAAACACAAAACGGAAUAUUAUCAAACGAAUGAGCCUGUAUUGAAAAAAAUUCAAAUAAUAGUGUAUACUUGUUGUGAGGGUUAUACGAGAAAUAUUAAUGAUAUUGGAUGUCCAAUUGGCUCGUUUCAAUGUCAGCCGGGACGAUUCGGUUCUAAAUGUGAAUAUUAUUGUCAUCAAUGUGAAUACGGCAUUUGUAAUUGGCGAAUGCAAAGAUGCGAGUGUAGAGCGGGAUACAAGGGAACUUUUUGCAAUGAAACAUGUCAACGAGGAGAAUAUGGCGUUCAAUGUAUGAGAAGAUGUUAUUGUAAAUUUGAUACAACAGAGUCAUGCAGUGUGGAAAAUGGCACUUGUGAAUGUUCUCCCGGUUACGAAGGUCCUGAUUGUGGACGCCCAUGUUCAUACAAAACAUUUGGAAAAAAUUGCAGAUAUUCAUGUUCGUGUACAUCAAAUCAAAUAUGUCAUCAUAUAACAGGCAGUUGUCAUGAUAAAAGACCUACUUGUCAGACUGAAUGUCAAUGUGAAAAUGGUACACGAUGUACCCACGGCAUUUGUGAUUGUACUCCCGGUUGGCAUGGAAAGAAUUGUGAACUAAGGUGUCCGCAGGGAACAUAUGGUAAACGUUGUACUCAUUCAUGUAAUUGUUUAAAUGGUGGUGAUUCUUGUGAAAGAGGUUGGUAUGGACAGGGAUGUGGUAACAGAUGUGAUUGUUUGAAUGGUGCGACUUGCGAUCACCGAAAUGGUCAAUGUAUAUGUGGUAUGGGUAGAACUGGAAGAAAAUGCGAACACGAAUGUGAUAAUUUUACUUGGGGUUCAAUGUGCUCGAACAGAUGCAAUUGUGGCUUAGACAGUCCGUGCGAACAUGAUACAGGAAAAUGUCGAUGUAAAGCAGGCAAAACAGGUGUUAAAUGUGAAGAAGACUGCCCAAUAAACACAUAUGGUGUUGGGUGUCAACCAUGUCGUUGUCAGUCUUUUCACAUAUGCGAUUUGGUGACAGGAGAUUGUAAAUGUAAGGAGGGUUGGAAAGGAGAAUCAUGUCAAUUUCAAAUGUCAGCCGAUGAUCCUGGAAAACCUGAACGCGGUGAUUCAUUCAAGAAAGAAUGA